AUGGAAGUUACCACAGGUAUCCUGCCACUCCAAAGCGAGAUUAAAAAGACUGCCUGCUCGACCCUUUUCCGUCUGCAAGGUCACCAAAGGUUCAACCUAGUCCACAACCCCAGAACAAAAUUCCAACCGCAUUCAUCUACCUACUCCGAUUGCCUCACACCUAGUAUCGAACAUUGGGACAUCACCCGUCCAGUGAGAUUUAAGACUCCGAUGUUCAGUGCAAAUUUGGCCUCCGAACAACAAUUGAACGAACUCAUCUCCUCCCACAAGACGGUAACAGAUCGAUACCACUUCUGCUGCUUUACUGAUGGAUCCCGCCUCAAUAACAAAACAGGCUCAGCACUUGUGGUAUACUCCAUGCAUGACGUAGACCCCUUAGCUACAUUCAAAUGGAGACUGGAUGACCACAACACCGUUUUCCAAGCCGAAAUGAUGGCCAUUAGAGAAGCUUGCGCUUGCCUUCGCUCCCUGCCCUGUCAGAACGCAUCAGUAGCCAUCUUCACAGACUCACUUUCUGCAGUUCAUGCCCUAUCUGCCGACGCCUCGUCUAGCCCAUUAUGCAUCGAAACAAGAAAAGAACUAGAUAUGCUCACAUCAUUUUGCUCUUCUGUUUCCCUAGCAUGGAUAAGAGGACACUCAGGUAUAAGAGGAAACGAUCUGGCUGACACUCUUGCGAAGGAAGGGACCACCUGCAGCUCCAUUAAAACAGUACCUCUUCCCGUAAGCCAUUACAAGACGACACUGCGAGAUAACAGCUUUACCUCCAGAGUCAACAACUGGUCUGACUCCACUUCCUCUAACCCUCUACUCUCCCUACUUACCCACUACUCCUUACCACAGCACAUUAAAUUCUUCAGGUCUCUUAACAGGCGUAACUCUCGCAUUAUUACUGCUUUUCUGGAUAACCGUGCACCACUUCAAGCCUUUCUGAACAAAAUAGACGACACGAUCAACCCUAAUUGUUCGUACUGUUUCUCUGGACGCCAAGACAAUUACCACGUUCUCUUUUUCUGCCCAGCCCUGGAGUUCGAUCGGCUACAACACCUUGGCUCCUCUCCUCACCUAGCAGAUUUUAACAGCAUCUCACCCCAUUCUUUACUCAAGUUCCUCCUUAGCAUUCCCCUUUACCUGAGAUUCGCAGAGUGA